UGCUUUGCCCCGUAUCUUUGUUAAUAAGGUAAAAAGAUGAGUUGGUAGCCAUAAAAAGCCGCGUCAGCUGUCCCGUGCGCUUCCCGGCCGUCACAGUGUGUGCUGGACAGUCUCCAAGGCAAGAACUCAACAUGGCGGCCGACGGGGUGGAGGCCAUGGAGAAUGACAAGAAACAGCCUAAGGGGGAAGAAGAGGCAAAGGAGCAGACCGAUGUGAGCCCAGAGAUGCUGAUCAAGCACCCCCUGCAGAACACAUGGACACUCUGGUUCUUCAAGAUUGAGAACAACCGCACCUGGGAGGACUGCCAGAUGGAGAUUGCCAGCUUCAACACAGUGGAGGACUUCUGGGCCUUGUAUAACCACAUUGAGCCAGCCUCGCGCCUCAAGGUUGGCUGUGACUACUCCAUGUUCAAGCAGGGCAUCAAGCCUAUGUGGGAGGACGAACACAACUGUCGGGGCGGCCGCUGGCUCAUCAACCUCAACAAGCAGCAGCGUGCCACUGAGCUUGACAACUUUUGGAUGGAAGUGCUACUUCUGAUGAUCGGCGAGGCCUUCGCAGAGCACAGUGACGAGGUGUGUGGCUCCGUGGUGAAUGUGCGCAGCAAGGGAGACAAGAUUGGUGUGUGGACGGCAGACGUCAAGAAGAAUGAUAGCAUCCUCAGAAUUGGACACGUCCUCAAAGAGCGGCUCAACAUCCCCCGCCUUGUGACCAUUGGCUUCCAGGCACACAAGGACACCAUGGUCAAGUCUGGCUCCACAGCCAAGAACAGAUUCACUGUCUGACACCAGCAGUGCUCCAUAGCCCUCAGUCUUGUACAGGUUUUACAGACCUAGAUGCCAGCAUCUUCCAGUCCUGGUUGAUACACUCCCAUGCCCGAGGAGAGAUUUUUUUUAUCAUUAAUUACAAUUGUUAUUUAUUUUUUUUCCCAAAUGUUGG